GUCCGCUAAUGGCGCAGGCGAUUAUCUGCGGGGCCGCCGGUGUUGUGUGUCCCGCGGGCAGGGCCCGAGUUACAAGAGCCAGGAAUCCAGACGGUGUUUGGAGGGGGGGCGGGGGAGGUCGGUCCGCACUGGCCGAGAUGACGCCGAGCCCCGCGUUGGUGCUGCCGCUGCUGCUUUUGCUGGGGGCCCUCCCGCCGGCCACCGCCGCCCGAGGCCCCCCGAGGAUGGCGGACAAGGUAGUCCCGCGGCAGGUGGCCCGGCUGGGCCGCACUGUGCGGCUGCAGUGCCCCGUGGAGGGGGACCCGCCGCCACUGACCAUGUGGACCAAGGACGGCCGGACAAUCCACGGCGGCUGGAGCCGCUUCCGCGUGCUGCCGCAGGGGCUGAAGGUGAAGGAGGUGGAACGGGAGGACGCCGGCGCCUACGUGUGCAAGGCCACCAACGGUUUCGGCAGCCUCAGCGUCAACUACACGCUUGUCGUGAUGGACGACACCAGUCCAGGAAGGGAGAGCCCGGGGCACGACGGCUCUUCCGGGGGCCAGGAGGACCCAGCCAGCAAGCAGUGGGCCCGGCCCCGCUUCACGCAGCCCUCCAAGAUGAGGCGCCGGGUGAUUGCGCGGCCCGUGGGCAGCUCCGUGCGGCUCAAGUGCGUGGCCAGUGGGCACCCACGGCCCGACAUCAUGUGGAUGAAGGAUGACCAGGCCUUGACGCGCCUGGAGGCUGGCGAGCACAGGAAGAAAUGGACCCUGAGCCUGAAGAACCUGCGGCCCGAGGACAGCGGCAAGUACACGUGCCGCGUGUCGAACCGCGCGGGUGCCAUCAACGCCACCUACAAGGUGGAUGUGAUCCAGCGGACGCGCUCCAAGCCCGUCCUCACGGGCACGCACCCCGUGAACACGACGGUGGACUUCGGAGGCACGACAUCCUUCCAGUGCAAAGUGCGCAGCGACGUGAAGCCCGUGAUCCAGUGGCUGAAGCGCGUGGAGUAUGGCGCCGAGGGCCGCUACAACUCCACCAUCGACGUGGGCGGCCAGAAGUUCGUGGUGCUGCCCACGGGUGACGUGUGGUCGCGGCCCGACGGCUCCUACCUCAACAAGCUGCUCAUCACACGCGCGCGCCAGGACGACGCGGGCAUGUACAUCUGCCUGGGUGCCAACACCAUGGGCUACAGCUUUCGCAGCGCCUUCCUGACCGUGCUGCCCGACCCCAAGCCGCCAGGGCCGCCGGUGGCCCCCUCGUCCUCUGCCACCAGCCUGCCGUGGCCAGUGGUCAUCGGCAUCCCAGCCGGCGCCGUGUUCAUCCUGGGCACCGUGCUCCUGUGGCUCUGCCAGGCCAAGAAGAAGCCGUGCGCCCCCGCGCCCGCCCCUCCGGUGCCUGCACAUCGCCCGCCCGCGACGGCCCGCGACCGCGGCGGGGACAAGGACCUGCCGGCACCCCCCACCCUCGGUGCCGGCCCCGGUGUGGGGCUGUGUGAGGAACUCGGGCCCCCGGCGCCCCCCCAGCACCUGCUGGGCCCGGGCUCAGCCGCCGGCCCCAAGCUGUACCCCAAACUCUACACAGACACGCACACGCACACGCACUCACACACGCAUUCGCACGUGGAGGGCAAGGUCCACCAGCAUCAGCACAUCCACUACCAGUGCUAGGGUGCCUCGGGGUGGGCUUGCGGAGGCCCGGCCAGCCGCGCGGGCUUGGGGGGAGGGCCACAGAGGAAG